AUGGCUCAGCGCUCUGAAGAUGAUGAUGAUACGUACGAUUGUAAGUCGUUCACUGACAAUUACAUUUGGUACGAAAUUGAAUUGAAAUAUGGUCACCUCUUCCAUUGUAACUGCCCUGAUAAUUCAAAGCUUUGUAAGCAUAUCUUCUUAAUUAACAGAGUGGCUGAUGCUCCAUAUACUCUUCGUUCUGAUAUUGUUGUUGAUGCUGAUACCACUGGCUUAGCCAUGAAGAACUUGCGUACGAACUUUGAUCAUGCUGUGAAGAAUUUCCUUGAUAACCCUGCACUUGCUAAUACUCAUAUGGAUCAAAAUCCCUUUUCGAAAAUCACCACUGACGAUGAUGCACACAUUCAAGAUGACUAUCGCAUUUGUCCCUUAUCUAUAAGUAAGAUUAUUCGAAAAGAUCCACUAGCUGAAACAAAAUGUAUUAUUAAGCAGAAACUAGAUGAUUCAAUGAUCAAGGUCUCUAACUAA